AUGGAUGAUCGGAUGAAGCCCUAUAUCUAUGGCUCACGUCUGGGACACUUGGUCUUUGAUCUGGACAUUACAGCUCAGCAUUUACGAGAUGCACUGAAUUUUACAGCGCACAUUGCGUACAAUGAUGGCUUGAUAUUGUUCCUCUAUCGGGGAGCUAUGAAUGCCCAUCUGGUGGAGAAGACAGCAAUGGAAUGUGGAGAAUUUUCACAUACACGUUACUGGCGUGGAGGGGUCUUCACCAAUGCCAAAGUGCAAUUUAAGGCAGUUACGAGACUUCCGGAUCUCUGCAUAUUUUUCAAUACACUCAACAAUGUGAUGACCCAGCACACAGCUGUGCGAGAUUCAGCAAAGAUGUCCAUCCCAACAAUUGGCAUUGUCGAUAGCAAUUGCAAUCCAAAUCUCAUAACUUAUCCCGUACCGGGCAAUGAUGAUUCACCAGCGUCAAUUGAGCUGUACUGCAGGGUGUUCAAGGAGGCUAUUCUGCGUGGGAAACAGAAAAGAAAGGAGCACUUGGAGAUACUGCAGCAGCAAGAUGCCCAAGAGGCAAACCGAAUAAAUGAGCUGGAUGAAAAGAAUUAA